AGUGACGGCAAGACGGCGAUGGCGGCUCGCAGUUUCAUUCCGGAUUUCCACUGGACUACAAACUGAUUUUAACCGGACCGGUUAGACUUUGGGGAACUUUUACGACACUGUCUCUCUUCGGACGCCGCACAGAUUCAAGUCCCGUUGAACUGGUGCAUGCCAAGGAAAGACCCCGCAGUUCUUUUUGGUCUUAUUUUUUCUCCGAGGUUCAAGGUGGUCACCCUGUCGAGCUAGCAGUAGCUACGAGCUAACGGUAGUUGGAACACAUACGGCUAGCUCCUGAGCUAGCUUGUCAACGAGCUGCGUGCUAAGGUCCACACAGCAGCAGUCGCCGCUAUCUGGCUUUUCUUUUGAUUACUUCACCGUUUGCUUGUCACCGUUACAAUGCGAAUUUACCCUGUUUGAUGCUAAUUGUGCCGCAAUUGUGCAGAGCGAGGUACUCACACGUUUGCUUGGCCUCUUCAUAAUUAGAGUUGCUAGUUUGGCGGCUGUGGCUAAAGACCAGAAUUUUGACUCUGUGGUAAGCAAGUCCUUUCAGUAAUUACCCCCCUUCCUUCCAUCCACCCACCCCCAGCAACUUGGGUGAAAACCGUGUUGCGUGGUUAUUAACAUGCUGAAGACCCGGCAGUGUUUACUUGGCAUCCGCACUUUUCUCGGCGUUACGUCCAGAAUAUGGGGCUUCAUCAUGUACAUCCUCAGGAAGCACCUACGAACGAUAAUCCAGUAUCAGACGGUGCGAUACGACACUUUGCCUCUGUCCCCAAUCUCCAGAAACAGGCUCAAUGCAGUAAAGAGGAAGAUUCUGGUUCUGGACCUAGAUGAGACCCUGAUCCACUCUCAUCAUGACGGGGUCCUGAGGCCCACAGUGAGACCUGGCACACCGCCAGACUUCAUCCUCAAAGUCGUCAUUGAUAAGCACCCAGUCAGAUUCUUCGUACAUAAAAGGCCACAUGUUGACUUUUUUUUAGAAGUGGUGAGCCAGUGGUAUGAGCUGGUGGUUUUCACAGCCAGUAUGGAGAUCUACGGCUCAGCAGUGGCAGACAAACUGGACAACAACAGGAACAUUCUGAAACGAAGAUACUACAGACAGCAUUGUACAUUGGAUCUAGGUAGUUAUAUUAAAGACCUGUCUGUAGUACAUGAUGACCUGUCCAGUAUUGUUAUCUUGGACAACUCGCCUGGUGCUUAUCGAAGCCAUCCAGACAAUGCAAUACCCAUCAAGUCCUGGUUCAGCGACCCUAGUGACACAGCACUUCUCAACUUGCUGCCUAUGCUGGAUGCACUAAGGUUCACUGCUGAUGUCCGCUCCGUCCUCAGUCGAAACCUCCACCAGCACCGGCUCUGGUGACUGGCUGAAUUGAGAGGGACCGGGCUUGUCGACCAGCCUCUUCUCUCUGUUGGCUUCCAUCCUGCCCUCCAGUCCCACACAGACGACCCACCAGCCCUCUCCGAGCCUCUCAGCCGCGUCCUGAGGAGACGAGGGCUGGGGUGACCGCCUGACACAGGAUGAACAGUAUGGGAUCACCAGAACCCACAAACUACUGGGGAGGGAGGGGGAGCCAGCUUCUUUUUUUUUCUUUUCUUAAUUCGUUAUUUGUAUUUUUCUUUUUUCCCAAAACAAAGAGGAGCGCCUCUGCCUUAUCGCUCCUGAUACUGACUGUGUGUGUGUAUGGAGUCGGAGUAUGCUUGCUGAGUUCGUUAGUCCUUUUUAAAAAUUUUUGAAGAUAAAGUUGGGAAAUAGAAGAGGAUCAGCAACGCAACAAAGACAAUUCCAUGUUUUGUUUAGUUUUUUUUUUUUUUUUCCUCUUCUCCAUCGUCAACAGAUAUUGCACUUCAGCAGACAACUCAAUUUAUUGUCUUAACCUCUUGGAGCAACUGAGUAGGGAAAAAUGGAAAACUGCCCUAUUUUAGAUCAUCAUACCCCCACCCAAGCAGUGAGUCAUUGAUUCCCAAUGGUGUUCUUUUUUUUUUCUCCCCCAGCAAGAUUGGAUCAAUUUAAAUGAUGUAACUGAUGGGCCCUUGCUUGCAACAUACCACCCAAAGGCAUUUUUUUCUGGACAAAUAGCCAAGAAGUCUAAGUUUCUUUGUUUCUUUCUUUCUUUUUUUUUUUUUUUUCCCCGUCAUAACGGUCACACUUUCCCCAAACCUCCUCAUGGGACUCAGAUAAACACUUUAAAGUUGUGAGGAAAAAAAGAAUGGCUUGUAACGAUACAUGGACUGCCGUGCCGCCUUUCCAUAUCUGAUUGUUUCUCUGUUACCAUGAUAUAUGCUAAUGACUUUUAAAUACCAUGACAUUUUGCGCCCCCUCUUUCUUUUUUUUUGCUAUUUGAUGCCAUCCUGGUUUCAUUUAAUAGGGAUUGCACUUGAUUUCCUGUUAUUUGUUGCAGUUGGUUUUGUAUUUGAUUCAGACUUGCAGCCUUCUCACCCCUUUUCCGUUUUUACCCAUUCCUCUUUAUUGUAUGGGUUCAACUAUUAGAUGCUCCAUCUUUAAAUGCCUUCUGAACAAUGUCAGUCUUGUCAAGGCUCACAGCGGCUUCUUAUUGGCUCUGUCUCCAGGUCUGUGUUACUAAUAAAACACUUGUCAGUAUCGACCAGUUACAA